UGAUAUCCGUAUAGCAUGGGCAAUCGUUUGAGCGGCUUGUGGUGCAAGAAGACAACAUUGAGUAUUACCCACACCGAUCCCCAGAAAGAAAGCGAGGAUAGCAGGAGCAUUAAGGCCCGAAGGAGUCGCAGGAAGUCGAGUGGCAGUGGUGAUGGUAGAGGCACCUUUCGCAUCGGCAGCGUGCGGCGAUUAUCCCUGACCAACUGCGUCUCCAGAGAUAGUAAUCCCAAGAAACCCAUUUGCCCUGAGAUCACCAUCUCCACCGUAGAGAAGACCUACCAGGAGCUGACCAGCCAGACUGAUCUCGAUUCCAAUAUGAAAGUUAAUGCACAGCUAAUGCCCACUGUCAAGAUGACAGACUUCUCGGAUAGUUCGCCCAGCGGUGUGCUGAGUCCGGCAUCAUCGCUAAUCGAGAGUUUCCACAAGAAGAAUGGAUCGCCACAGCCCAUUGGGGGUGGUGGCAGCACCACAACAGUCACGCCAACGACCUUGAAUGGUUCUGCAGUGGCUGUGGGUGGUGGUGGCGGAGCCGGUGUGGUGGCCACCACCACAGCAAAUGGCAGGCAAAUCAACACCAGCUCCAGUUCAUGCAGUAGUCUUAAGGAAACCUCACACCAGUCCACAUCCACAUCACAGCAGGUCGUCAAUAGCAGCAGCAGCACCACGACGCGGGUGGAGAAAAAGUCACAGCGCCUGCACCAUCACAUAACCUCCUCGUCCUCCUCCUCAUCGUCGUCCUCCUCCAGCUCCUCCACCACACAGGCCCUGUCCACGUCGGCGGAGAUGAAAGCGGCGGCGGUCAAGCGAGAUCUCACAAAUAUCCAAAAGUCCAUGUCGGAAAUCAACGACCUGGCCAUCGAGCGUAUUGCAGGUGGAGCGGGAUCCGGAUCCACGAAUACCACAUCGUCCCCAUCAGCGCUCACCGCGCCCAGCACAAUGGCCCAGACGACGACGAGUCGGCUAACCCCCAAACUCACAUCCGCCCAUCCGUCGAUCGACGAUCUCAGGGGUCUCAGCAGUCAGGACAAGAUCACCCAGCUGCAGAAAAAACUUCGGGCCUCGUUUGAGAAUCUGGACGACGACGACAGCAAUGUGAUCGUAACCCUGCCCGACGACGACGACUGCCACACCCACAACCACUUUGGCAGCGGGCUUGACCUCACCCACCCAACCGCCGCCCAGCUGAGUGCCAGCGGGCUGAGCGGUUCCAGCAAGACGAUCGACACGAUCAAGUUCCAGGAGAAGCGCAUGAAGACCGAGUCCAAGACCAAAGUGGUCACCGAUGGCUUCAGCUCCGAGCAGGCCACCAGCAAUUCGGCGGAGAUGAAGCGCCUCCAGGCAGGAGAUAUAGACUAUAAGGAGAGUAAGGGCUCGGCAGCGAUGCGAAAUCGAAUGGAAGUCGAUGGAGUCAAGACGGAAGAGAAUGCAGCUAUUUUUAAGGAAGCGCUCUCGCUGCGCACCGGUGACAUCACACAGCAGGCGAGCAACAAUGUGGCCGCCACCAGUAUUACGGUGCAGAGCGACAACUUCUCCGCGGACAAGAAGGCAAUCUCCCAGUCCCAGCAGUCGCAGAUGAUGACCUCCAAUGGGAUCAUCAGCCAGGAGAAGCACGUGUCCUCUGCCUCGCAGGCCAACUACUCGAUGACGCACAAGGGCGUCUCCAGUUCUGGCAGCAGCAUGAUCACCAGCUCCUCCCAAAUGUCCGCGAUGAACGGCCAGAUGGUAAAGCUCACCGAUCUCAAGUUGGACGACCUCAAGUCGCUAACAGCGGGCAGUGGCCAGCAGGAGAUCGAGCAGACGAUCAACAAGUAUUCUAACAUGCUGACCUCGAUAGUUAGCUCCCUACAAGAGGACGAACGGGGCGGCGGCGGCGGCGGAAGUACGGUGGCCCACACCUCUGUCGGCGGCAAGGAGAAGUCUCAGUACCUAGAGAAGAUCAACGAGGUGAUACGUAGAGCUUGGGCUGUGCCAACACAUGGCCACGAGCUGGGCUACUCGCUGUGCAACUCCCUGCGCCAAAGCGGCGGCCUCGAUCUGCUGAUGAAGAACUGCGUCAAGCCCGACCUGCAGUUUUCCUCCGCCCAGCUCCUGGAGCAGUGUCUAACCACCGAAAACCGCAAGCACGUGGUGGACAAUGGCCUGGACAAGGUGGUGAAUGUGGCCUGCGUCUGCACCAAGAAGUCGAAUAUGGAGCACUCCCGCGUCGGCACUGGCAUCCUGGAGCACCUCUUCAAGCACUCGGAGGGAACCUGUUCCGAUGUGAUAAGGCUGGGCGGCCUGGAUGCCGUACUCUUUGAGUGCCGCACCAGCGAUGUGGAGACCCUGCGUCAUUGUGCCAGUGCCCUGGCGAAUCUGUCGCUGUAUGGUGGCGCCGAGAACCAGGAGGAGAUGAUCGUGCGAAAGGUGCCCAUGUGGCUGUUCCCGCUGGCCUUCCACAACGACGACAACAUCAAGUACUAUGCGUGCCUUGCCAUCGCUGUGCUGGUGGCCAACAAGGAGAUUGAAGCCGAGGUGCUCAAGUCUGGUUGCUUGGACCUGGUGGAACCCUUUGUCACCUCCCACGAUCCCUCCGCCUUUGCGAGAUCCAAUCUGGCCCAUGCCCAUGGACAGAGCAAGCACUGGCUCCAGCGCCUUGUGCCCGUCCUGAGUUCCAACCGCGAGGAGGCCCGCAACCUGGCUGCCUUCCACUUCUGCAUGGAGGCAGGCAUCAAGAGGGAGCAGGGAAACACCGAUAUCUUCCGGGAGAUCAAUGCCAUCGAAGCCCUGAAAACGGUGGCCAGUUGCCCCAAUGCCAUCGCCUCUAAGUUUGCCGCUCAGGCACUGAGAUUAAUCGGGGAGACGGUGCCGCACAAGCUGUCCCAGCAGGUGCCACUGUGGUCCGUGGAGGAUGUGCAGGAGUGGGUGAAGCAGAUCGGUUUCAAUGACUAUAUCGACAAGUUCCAAGAGUCCCAGGUGGACGGUGAUCUGCUGCUGAAGCUCAACCAGGACAAUCUGCGCGCUGACAUUGGCAUCGGCAAUGGAAUCCUGCUGAAGCGUUUCGAGCGCGAGCUGCAAAAUCUCAAGCGCAUGGCCGACUACUCCUCCAAGGACACGGCCAAGAUGCACCAGUUCCUGUCGGAGAUUGGCACUGAUUACUGCACGUACACGUACGCCAUGCUGAAUGCCGGUAUCGAUAAGUGUGCUUUGCCGCAUGUCAAUGAGGAUAUGCUGAUGACGGAGUGUGGCAUCCACAAUUCAAUCCAUCGGUUGCGUAUCCUGAAUGCAGUCAAGAACCUGGAGAACUCGCUGCCCAGCUCAUCAGAGGAGAAUAUGGCCAAGACCCUGGAUGUGUUUGUGAGCUACAGGCGCUCCAAUGGAUCCCAGUUGGCCAGUCUGCUCAAGGUUCACCUGCAGCUGCGCGGCUUCUCCGUGUUCAUUGACGUGGAGCGUCUGGAGGCGGGCAAAUUCGACAACGGACUCUUGAACAGUAUUCGGCAGGCCAAGAACUUUGUCUUAGUAUUAACUCCCGAGGCCCUGCAUCGCUGUAUCAACGACGAGGACUGCAAGGACUGGGUCCAUCGUGAAAUCGUGGCUGCCCUGAAUUCGAACUGCAACAUUAUACCCAUCAUGGACCAGCACUUCGAUUGGCCAGAGGUGGAGCGACUGCCGGAGGAUAUGCGCAGCGUGGCGCAUUUCAACGGGGUUAGUUGGAUCCACGACUACCAGGACGCCUGCAUCGAUAAGCUCGAAAGAUUUUUGCGCGGCGAAAAGAAUAUCGAUCGCAUUGCGGCCAUGGUGCCCGGCACGCCCGGUUCGGUCUCAUACCAAAGAAUGCACAGCAACGACUCCGACUACCAGAGCGGUGUUGGAGCUCCGGUCGGAGGCAGUGGAGCAGGAGGAUCCGGAGGUGGUGGCGGCGGCGGCGGAGGCGGCGCAGGCAGUGUGGUGGAUGGCCUAAUGGCCUCGGCCAAUGGCAGCGGACAAGCUAAUCACCAGGCAAAUAGGUACCGCCAAUCCCCCUCGCCGGCCCGCCAACGAGGCAGCACCUCGCAGCUGAGCGGCUACUCGCGCGCUCCCUCGAAGCGCUCCCAGAUCCCCCCCUAUCGGACCCAGCAGGCCGCCCUGCUCCACAAGUCAGGGGCCGGGUCGGCGUCCAUGCAGAAUAUGACGCCGUUGACAUAUCUGCCACCCAGGCGAAGCUCGGCGGCAGGACUGGGCCAUGGUUCCGGUUCCGGGAUGGGAAACAGCUAUCGAUCGCACAGCGUGGAUGGGUUGCUGGAUCAGGCGGGCUCGGUGCCCGCAACUCCCGAGCAAAGGAUAGCAGCAGUUGCGGCAAUGGUCACAGCGGGAAGUACAGCUCUAACGAAUGCCAGUUCCACGUGCACCCUGCAACCGGAGGAGGAGGAAACGGAAGUUGUCAUCGAGCCAGUGACCCGACGGGACAAACAUAGCCUGGCCUCGCCGGCGAGCGUGCAGCAGCACAGGAAGUCCCGGAGUCUGGACCACAUCCUCAGCAAGCAAACUCUAGCAGAGCUACUGCCUCCCCCUGGCGAACCAUCAGAGGGUACGCAGAGUAUGCAGAAUCUGGCCAUUCCAAUGACCCCGCAACCUCAGCGUAGGGAUACUUCCUCCUCUUCCAAGUCGCCCACACCUGAGCGGCCGCCGCAGCCGGCGAGGGAGAGAGUGAGGGAGCGCCAGAGUCCCGACGGUGUGAGCGCUACGGAGAGUGAGCGGGAGGAUCAGUCGGAUGGGUGCCUGAGGCAUGGCAAUCAACAGAGGGCUUCGGCCUCAGUCCAUCGGGGAGCCAGCUUGACCAGCAACAAGACCUCCAACUCGUCCCUCGGCUCCAACUACAGUGCCGGGGGAACAGCCAACAACAAGACGAUCUUCAAUCGAACGAUGAAGAAGGUCCGCUCGCUGAUGAAAAACAAUGAACCGGAGGACGAGGAACUGUCGGGCAUUAUCCUGUCCAAGGCCACUUCUCCAAAUGCUGGGCGCAUGAUAUUUUGGUAGUGGAGCCCAUAAGGCAAGCGAACACUCAACAACGAACACCCAUCGAAUUUUUGUAAAUAUUGAUAAAAAAUCAAACGAAAAUAAGACGAUUAAAAAUUAAAUAAAAAAUUAAAUUAUA